CAAGACGCGUCGUUACGAUAGAGACGAAGAAGAAGUGAAGAAGACGAAUCUUUCGUCAAAGUAGAUCCGAAUCCUAGUUUGAUCUUGAUCUUCCCGGCGAAGUAACCAAAAUUCCGUAAAUGGCGUCAAGGAGAAGUGUACGGUAUGCACAGCUUCCAGGAGAUGAAGAUGAUGAAGAUUAUGGAAAUGGUGUUGGUCGAAGGAGAGAUUUCGAUCCUCGUUUCGAUUAUACACCGAAAACAUUUGAUAGAGUACCAUGGAAAUCAAUAGCAUUAGCUGUGUUUCUUCUGUUCCUUGGUUGUUUGCUUCUUCUUUUGUCGUUUUUUAUCUUUAUUGGUCACAUGGAAGGAGAUAGCUCUCAAGGUUAUGCUCUUCUUGUUCUUGGGAUCCUUACUUUCCUCCCUGGUUUCUACGAGACCCGGAUUGCUUACUAUUCGUGGAGAGGAGCUGAAGGGUACCGUUUCGCUGCAAUUCCCUCUUACUGAACUCAAGUAACUCGAGAAGUCAAGAAUAUUGUGCAUAGAAAAGUUUUAGUGAUUGUAAUCCAAAAAGUACUACUAGACUUGAGCUGUUUCAUGAAUCUACUGUGUAGAAUCUCCUCUAGUUGAGUUCUGACAGAUAAAAGCUUGGAUUAUAG